AUGAAUGAACAGACACUCCGAGGCUAUAGGCCUCUUGCGCCUCGCACCAGGCUACUCGGUGGAUCCGGAGGGGACGGCGGAGAGGGAGGGAGUCCUUCUGGCGGGGGUGCACCAGAAGAGAAACGCAUGAGACGAGCCUCGACGGCUUGUACAGAGUGCCAGAAGCGCCGAACUAGGUGUACCGGUCCUCCCAAUUGCACCGAAUGCUCAACCCACGCCCGCGAAUGUGUCUUCGAUGAAGCCGCCGACAGGCGUCGCAAGGCCUCCGCCAAGCGAAUUCAGGAUCAAUUGGACCAUUUCCGGUCAUUCGUGGACGAUCUCAUCGGGCUCAUCCGCGAUAGUGACGGUCCGUCGGUACAAUUAAUCGUCAAUACCAUACGAUCGGGUGCAACCCCUGGAGAGAUCCGAGAUAUCCUCACCCGUCUGUUGGACGACGAUAACCAAUCCGAUUCCCGAAAUUCAGGCAUGCGCGACUCGGACGUGAACCUGAACUUUACCAACAAUCACAUGGGCAAUUACUUCCACCCGCCACGCUGA